ACUUUACAAUAAAAAGGAAGAAAUAUAAAGCUAAAAUUGUCGGUCGGCGGAGUUAAAAAAGAAAGAAAAACUAGAUGGCGUUGACCUCUAGGAGUCAAAUAAACUUUCGUAGAUCGGAUCUAAUAUAACAACACAGACAGAUUCUUGGUUGUGGUUGUGAAGAAAAACAUAGGAGUUAAAACAUCCGUGUAUUUUUAGGUCACAAGCCAGAUUCAUCAAUCAAGUCUCGGAAAUUCACACCUUACCAUACUCAAUCAACUUCAAUCUCAAGUUUCCACAUCGCAGUUACAAACCUCACUUGUGCAACCGUGUGAGGAGUAAUUUCACAACAAGAGAUUGAAGUUUUCAUAAAGGAAUAAAUCAUGUUCAAGCAAUCGCCGCGUAGAAAUGGUAGAAACAAAGGAUUGAAGAUAAAGCAUGUGUUGCAGAUCUGUGUGUUGCUCGGUGUGUGUGUAUGGUUGCUUUACCAGAUCCAGCACUCUGGUAGUAAGAAACCGGCGUCUGUUACAACCGUCUCUGAGAGGUUACAGAACGAUGAGAAAAUCAACUUAGGGAGGAAAGGGCUAGAGCCGAAAGUGGAGGAAACAAAUGAUGAGCAUCAUGAAGAUGAAGAUGUAGAUGAAAAUACUUCUGAAGAACUCGGUCGGGAUCAUGAUAAUGACAGUAGUGAGGAGGAUGAAGGAAACGAGCAGGAGAAGAUCGAAGAGGAAAAUGGUGAUAAUAAAGACGAUGACGAGAGCAAAGAAAAGGAGGAUGGGAUUGAGAAGAUGAACGAGACGGAAAACGGGAGUGAGGAGACUCAAGAAACGGAUGAGAAAGAAGGUGACGAUGACGCGAAGGAAGCGGAGAAGAGUGAUGAAGACGGUGAAAGUGAAGAGGUGAAACCGGAGGUGGAAGAUAACCACGAUGAACAUGAGAUUAUCAAGGAAGUGGAUGGUGUUGAUGGUAAUGAAAACAGAAGUGAUGGGAAUGAUCAAAGUGUUAUAGAGACUAGAAAAGGAGAUGAUGCGUCAAGUGAAGUGGUUGAUGAAUCUCAGAAGAUGACUGAAACAGAGUCGAAGGAGCAAACUGGAUUUACGGACACUACAAACAUAAGUUCUGACCCGAAUUCGGAACAAAGCGAGUCAACGGAGCAUAAUGAAGGUACGGACUCUACCAACAAUGGAGAAAGUUCUGAUUCGAAUACAACACAAGGUGAAUCAACACAUGCAGAGUCGGAAGAGCAAAAAACUGAAAGUACAGACUCCAAUGAGUCAACACAGAGCGAGUCAACGGAGCAAACUGAAGGUACUAAUGCUACCAACAAUGAAGCAAGUUCAGAGUCGAACUCGGCACAAAAUGAGUCAACGCAGGCAGAGUCAAACACAACACAAAACGAAUCAACGCAGACAGAGUCAAACACAGCACAAAACGAGUCAACGCAGACAGAGUCCAAGGAGCAAAGUGAAAGUACUAACAAUGAAACAAACUCAGACUCAAGCUCAGAACAAAACGAGUCGACACAGACCGAUUCCAACACAGGAGAAAGUUCUGACUCAAACACAGCACAGACCGAGUCCAAGGAGCAAAUUGUGAAUAAUGAGUCUACCAAUGAUGGAGUAAGUUCAGAUUCAAACUCAUCACAAAACGAGUCUACAAAGACGGAGUCCGAAGAGCAAAAUAAAAGCAGCAAUGGAGAAAAUUCAGAUUCGAACUCUGCACAAGGUGAGUCAACUCAGACAGGGUCUGAGGGGCAAACUCAAAGUACAGAAACCAACAAUGGAGCAACUUCUGAUUCAAACUCAGCACAGACCGAGUCAACCCAGGAGCAAACAGACACUACCAACAAUAACGAGUCAGCCCAGACAGAGUCUAAGGAGGAAACUCAAACUACCGACUCCACCAACAACCCAGUACAAAAUGAGUCAACUCAGACACAGACCAAUGAGCAGACUCAAAGUACGGACAACAACAAUGAAGCAAGUUCAGAAUCAAAUGCAGCACAAAACGAGUCAACCCAGACAGAGUCCAAUGAGCAGACUCAAAGCACAGAUGCCAACAACAAUGGAGCAAGUUCUGAAUCUAAUUCAGCACAAAACGAGUCAACCCAGACAGAGUCCAAUGAGCAAACUCAGAGCACAGACACCAACAAUGGAGCAAGUUCAGAAUCAAAUACAGCACAAAACGAGUCAACCCAGACGGAGUCCAAUGAGCAAACUCAGAGCACAAACACCAACAACAAUGAAGCAAGUUCAGAAUCAAAUUCAGCAGAAAACGAGUCAACCCAGACAGAGUCCAACGAGCAAACUCAAAGUACAGAGACCAACAACAAUGGGAUUGAGGAACAUAAAUCUGAUGAAGGAGAACAAGCUUCGAAUGAAAACGACAAUGGUGUAGAUUCUUCAUCAAACAACAAUACGGGGUCAGAACAACAGAAUGACGAGAGCACAUCAAUACCGCAAGAAGAAAAGGAUGCUCGCACAGACCUGGGAACAUUGCCAGAGACCGGAAAUGAAGGAAGCAGCAGCCAUGAUACUGCAGCCGCAGAGUAGAAGCUUGUGCCACGCGUUUUUGCUUUUUACACGUUAUAAGAUCUAUUAAAGUUCUUAUGUUCCAUUCUUUUGUGUUGUACUGCAAAGCUAAUAUAUUGUAUGUAUCGGUGUUUCCUCUUUAUCAUGUUUUGUGGCACCACCAGUUUAGACCUAAGGUUUUGUAUCAGGGAACAUUGAUUUGAGUCGAAAUUUCUUGUUUUGUUUCACGUAUUUA